UAAUUCUGGGAGUGGGGGUGGAAGCUCUUCACCGCUGCCUAUUUUGGUAGCUUGUAGCGGCAGAAUCAUGACGCUUCUCAUCUGAAUGCAGACAUCAUCGAGGAAUUGUCUAAAUAGCUUUUCGUUUCCGAUCCUGUCCCCCUUUUUAUUUACUUGAAGUCUGGAAUCCCGGUCCCUGUGGUAUUCCCCAAAGAGCGAUCAUGACAUACAAGGUCUCUGCUGUUCUCGCAGGGCAUACAAAUGAGGUGCGAGAUAUCGCCGCCACAGACUUCUCACAGAUAGCAUCUGCUGCGCGAGAUGGAAAGUCUCUUUUGUGGGAGCGUGUCUCCUCAUCCCCGCCGACCUACAAAUCUCGUGUCUUAUCUGCUACCAAAUCUCGCACAUUGAAAGGGCCUCCUUGCUAUAUAACGGCUGUGACCUUUAUCCCACCGUCAGACACAUAUCCACAAGGCUUAGUUGUGACUGGAGGCCAAGAAUCCGAAAUCGAUGUCAGACAACCGACAAACUCCCAGGAUGAUCCACCUGAGAUUCGUCUUCCUGGCCAUGGAGGUCAGGUCAGUCCCCUGGAAACAACCGAGCAUGGCCAUUAUCUUGUCAGUGGUGGUUGGGACCACACGGUUCGAAUACGUAAGGUGGGCCAGUGGGACGACGAAAAAGUAAUAGGACCCUAUGAACGCAAUUGCCUAGCCAUUGUGGGAUACGACCGGGAAACCGUCAUAACGGGCUGGGGUGAUGGCUGCAUUCGAAUCUACAAUGUCGACGGGACCCCGAUCCACGAGUUCAAAGCAAGUGACGAGCCAAUACGAUCACUCUGUAAGCUCCCUGUGGACCACAACUCAGGUGCCCAUUUUGCUUCUUCUGGCAAUGAUACAAUCAUUACGUUAUGGACGCUCAAUGGCGAACCCAAAGCUGCGCUUACUGGUCACAAGAAUCAUGUAUAUAGCCUUGCGGCUCUCGCAGAUGGAACGAUAUUAUCUGGCUCUGAAGAUGCGACUGUGAAAGUCUGGCAGCAGACAUGCAAACAAACAAUAGAGCAACCAACCACGGGACUUUGGAAGAUUUUGAUAAAUGCGAGUACUGGGGAUUUUGCAGUCACGAAUGGACCUGUCGUGCGUAUCUUUAGCGAAUCACUGGAGCGACAAAAUCUUGAAGCCCACGAGGCUCUGAUGCAAGAGAUUGCAGGUGCUAAGGAAGGUGGUACAGAACUUGAUCCCAAGGAUAUCCAUGACUUUGAAUGGCUCGAGCAAAAUCGUGGAUACGGUGGAAAUGUAGUCAUUCGACACGACAAUGGGUCACUUUGGGCGUACUCUUGGGAUCCUAUUGAGAAUCAAUGGAUCUUGCGUGGAGAGGUUGAAACGUCAUCAUCAACAGCGGGGUCCGACGGCCCGAAGAAGACAAACAGAAAGGCGCCCCCGAAGACAGAAUAUAACGGCCAAAUGUACGAUCAUGUCUUCAGCAUCAACAUCGCGGACGAUCAACCUAAUCUCAAUCUUCCAUACAAUAUCAGUGACGACCCAUACAAAGUGUCACAGAAAUUUAUAGAGGAUCACAAUCUGCCGGUCGCCUACUAUCAAGAGAUCGCAGCGUUCAUCUUCAAGAAUCGAAGGGAGCCUACAGACUCUACGAUACCAUAUGAGAAAUUCGAAUCGAUCACAAAAGCUGACCUUAAAGUCAUCCACCGCAAGAUCAUGGAGUACAGCAAGGCUCUCGCUGAAAAUGGAUCUGAUAGCUUUGCACUAAGCUCAGCUGACGAAGCAGUCCUCAACAAACUGUCAGAUCAAUUAAACGAAAAUAAGACAAAGAACGAGGCCAACAAGACAAGGAAUCUGAUAGCAUUAGAUCCUGCCGGAGUCCAAAUCAUCAUCAACAUGUGUAUGCAAUGGCCUGAACAGAAACGUCUUCCCUGUCUGGACUUACUACGUGUUGCGGCAGCAGACUCGGAGAUACCGUUCGACCAGAUGUCAGAUAAGGCACCCAUUAUCGAUCAGCUCAUCGACAGUGGCCUUUUCGAUAUCUCAUCUGCUUCCAUGAACACUGCGAUGGCUACUAGGACCGUGGCUAAUCUCUUCAUGAACGAGAAGAACCACUCAGCGAUAGGCCAGGCGUUCAUUCGGGUCCAUUCCGCGUUGUCGCCACACCUAGGAGAACGUGUCACACAGAAUGGUCUACUGGCAGUCGCUGUUGCAACGGUGUAUCUAAACUACGCUGUGCUACUCAGCAAACAACAAACACCUGACCCAGAGCACGCUUUUGCUAUCCUUGAGUCCACUGCACAACUCAUAUCAGACAUCACGCGAGGACUUGAUCGUUCACAUAAAGACAUUGCAGGAACGCGAUCGGACCCAGCAGCAGAGAAGAAAUUGACAAUACUCAUGACGCAUCUCUGCGACGCUAUCAGGACGGCAUGUUUCGCGCUUGGAACCGUACUCACACAGAAUCUAGUAGAACUGCGUGCGGCUGCUAAGGACGUCCUUGGUGUCGGUGCGAUCUUAAAUGAUGUGGUCGAGAUACAGAAUAAAGUGAAGGAUAGAGUGGAACCAAAAGUAAAGCUAGACUUGCUUGAUGAGAUUCGGAACUGGAUGGGUUAAAGUCAAGCAUUAGACUUACAUGUUGUGUUUCCAGGACGUAUCAAGCGUGAAAAGAUACAUAUAGACAGACCUACGACUGGCGAGAGCAGUGUCAUCUCCGUGUGGGUAUCGGAAUCCGAGACAACCCAGUACUAGGCACCUUCUAGGUAUCACACACAUCAGUGGGAUCCAGACUGAGAAGUGAGUAUUGAUGGUAAUUAGCGACUGUGUAGCACACUUCACCCAGUCGCACUCCAGCCGACGGUACGAUAUUGUAACGUUUCGACUCCUCUAGCUUGAAUGGCGAACCACAAUUUUCCCGCUUGCCUCGCACUUUUGAUACCCCGGUAAACUACCCAAACUUCUAAAAUAUGUGAUGUUAAUCAUGGCGUCGUCC